GGCGCUGAGGAUAAAAGAGACGGGGCCCAGUUCAGAAUGACCCGCUUUGUCCCACCUUGUCUGCACGUGGCGGAUUAAUUAGUUUGUUUACAAUGAGAGCAUGAAACGUUAAUCUAACUUCGGUUCCCACCAGAUAUAUACGUAUGACCUAUAAUCUUCACGUAGUGUAUUGGUGCAGCCGUCUUCAUAAAAAUGUGCGUUUUCUUUGCCUCUGAAUAUCAACAUGGGGGACAUGGGCAGUUCAAGUGCUAAUGUGAUAUCAAUGCAGUGACUAUCUACCAAAGUUGUAGAACAGCGGUGUUGGAAUCACCUCACAUUAUCUGAACACAUUCGCAUUUAGUCUAGCACAAGCAAUCCAGGUAUUCCUGUCCUGCUGUCGUCAUAGCGCGGGAGAAUGGCGGAGAGGAGAAACGAUUGAGGCAUGACGCAGGUGCAGCCAUCAACCAGGGCAGCAUGAGUGGAGGAGACAAGAGGAGAAGUUAUGGAACUUACUCCGUCUUUGUUAGCCGUCUGUGCAGGGAGACCACAGAGGACGAACUGUAUGAACUCUUCAAGCACUGUGGCCCUAUCUCAGGGACAUUUGUUGCCAAUCAUGUGCCAGGUCCAUAUGUCUAUGGGUUUGUGAGAUUCACUGACCCCCAGGCCGCACUGACUGCUGUGAGAGAAGUGGACCAAUGGUCACUGAAGGGGUGGACGCUCAGUGUUGAACUUGCUUCUGAUACUAGGCUCAAACUGGUGGCUGAGGGUCACCUGGAAGACUCACCGAAUCGGAGGGUCAAACAUGCCCCGCCCACCAGACCGGUGGAGAUUACCCGCAUGUCCAUGGACAACUUGCUGAGUGAGAGUCGACUGCGAGACUCCUGCACUGAGAUCAACCUACAGACAGGCAAUAGACUUGAUGUAGAGAAGCUCAUGGCUGACAUCAACAAGCUGAAGUGCCGCAAGACGUGUGUCCUUCAGGGAGACCUCAUAGGUCAGCAGCUAAAGACCAUCUCUCAAAUCAAGAGGAAGUUAUUGAAAAGUGAAGCAAAUGGAAGGAUUCCAACUCAAACAACUGAUACAUUUUUCGAGAAUCUUGAGAUUAUCCUGGAAAAUGUUGUCUCCAUUGCGCAAGAAGAUGAUGACCUGCAAAGUCUGUCUGCUCCUGACUCAGGAACUUCAGAGGGUGCCAGCUCCCAGCUUAGGGGAGGGAAUCAGAAAACAUUUGUAAAACAUCUCACAUAUGCCAUCCAGAAGACUAAGGGGCUGUCAUCGGGCUUAGAGGAAAAGAUGGCAUGUGCGUCAGAUUUGAAUGAAUCACAGUCAGACUCAAACUUACCCUGUAGUGACAGAACAUGUGGCAUCAGUUCUGGGGAGGAUGAAACAGCCACAGAGUUAGAUAAGAGGAUCUCUUCAGAUCAAAAUGAAGGUGGUGAAACUGUGUCGGGGAAUUUUAUGCAGUCUCAUGUCAGACAAAAACAAGUGGGUUUAUUGUCAGAGAGUGAAGAGUGCUCAAGAAAUGGUGUCAUCAAUGUCAAGAGAAACCAUUCAAGAAAGAGCGCAGUUGAUGACACGAAGAGUGAGAGAAAUGACACCCCCAAAAAUGUAGUCAAUGACACAAGAAACAGUGUGAUCGAUGGCAAAACAAUCUGUUCCAUGGGGAGGGGUGUUCUUGAUGCAAUGAUGAUGGGACCAAUGUCCGAUCCCGAGGAAAAUACAGACUGUAGACAUUGUAGUCUAAGUGAUGUAAUGAGUGGAUCAAGCGAUGAAGAUUCAAGCAAUAGUAGUUAUAGCUCUGACAGUGAAAGAAAACGACUAUUUUUAAGAUUUCUUGGAUCUGAGGGAGGUCAUUAUGUGAAUGCUGACACCUCUUCUUCAAAUCAGGAUACAUCAGAAAGUGAAUCUUCUACCUCUGAAGUUGAAGCAACGACAAAUCACAAUGUCUGUGCUGAACAAGGGAUGAUAUCAAAUUCAGAUAACUGUGAAAAACUUCCGCUCAAGGACAGUGAGCAUUGUGAACAACUGACUUCAAUGUUAAAGAACAUGCUUCACAUUCCAACCAAUGAUGGCAGCCAAACAAAAGCUUUAAUUGAUACUGAUGUUGAUAACGUCCAUGUUGAUCCACAAUUAAACCAGGCUUCUUAUUGUAGUCUUCCAGCAAGUCAACAAUCACCAGCAGCAUUUAGAAACUCCUCCAUGACAAUGGAUAAACUGACAAAUACCUCCAGUUCAAUUUCACCAAAUCAUUCCCUAGCUAGACUGGGUGUUACAAACGGAUACAAGCCUCCCAUGGGCAGGGGCCUGUCUUCCAUUCUUGACAAACUCAGGUCAAAGGAGAGCAGGCCAGGGACUUUUUUGCCUGAAAGUGAAAAACAUGCUCAUCAUAAUUGCAGUACUGAGUAUGUUGAUAUCUCUUGUUCGGACCAUGCUCAUGUUGAUUGUUCUCCUGAUCACUGUGGUGGUGAUGCUCUUCUUUCUGAUUCUCAUAAAGAUGUUGGGACACCCAACUCUGUUGAGUUUAGGGAAGAUCAAACAUUUCAUGGUCCUGUAAGACCAAGAAAUGCUCGUCCAAAGGCUCGUCCACAAAGAGUCCCUGGUUCCUCAACACAAAAUCAAUCUCUUCCUGAAGCAGAGUUAAGGUUCAAACCUCUGAAAGUUCUAGAAGAACACAACAAAACCCCUCCCCAAAACAUAUCAUGUCAACAAAGGACUCAACCCAAGCCUUGUAAUUUAUCUUCUGUGUUAUCAAGUCGGUGUCAUUCUUCUGCUGAAAAUCACACUGUUGCAAAACCCAUGAUGGACGCCAUGAGUAUGCUGCAAGGUCGCAGUAAGUCAGCUUCUUCCGAGUCCGAGUCUGAUGUUGUUGCUGUUGAUUCUGGAGUUGAGUCAGAUUCCUAUCAGAGAAUCCUGUCAGGCAGAAAAAGUCAGGAGAGAGACAGUGCUAGGUCAGCAGCCAAUGGUGUGGGUCACAGUUCAAAGAAUUCUGAUCAGUUGCACCUGUAUAUCAAACAAGUUGUUGGCCGGGGUAGAGGACUACAGGGGAGAUUCCAGUGACCAGAGUAGACCUGACAUCAGGGGCCACCAUUCCUCAUUAAUCAUUUAUAUUUGCCAUAUCAGUCGAAAUCUGUCACUUUUCCUGCAAUGUUGUUAUGUCACCAUCGCCACUUGGCAGUUACUGGUAAUUAUUAGCGAGUUGCACUAUAUUACUGUCGGAAAUAGAAAAAAACUGUAUUUUCUCAUUUAUCUCUACAAUUUAUGGAGUUGAU